CCUGACCGGACAGCACCGACCGAGCGGAGCCUGCGCCACACGAUCGACGGAGGGUGCGCCAUGGCCGCGGCGGCCGGGAAGCGUGCGUUUGCUGGAGGCGGUCCCAGGAUUGGCGAGACGGGGAAGUUCGAGGGCGAGUUCAAAGUCCAAAAGGCCGCGCCCUACAUCAAACAUCGCCUGGAGGUCUGGGACAAGCUCUAUGCAAAGUACACGUCAGGUCUCUCCGGAAAGCCCCGAAAAGACAUCAAGAUCGAGCUCCCAGAUGGCACGGUGAAAGAUGGCAAGGCCUUCGAGACAAGCCCCAUGGAUAUCGCGCCGAGGCAGCCGAGCGCCGAAUGCCGCGGAACGCGUCCGAGGAUGUCGAUUUCCAAAGGCUUGGCCGAGUCCGCCAUCGUGGCCAAGGUGAUCUACAAAGAGACGGUGGAAUCGCUGAAACAAUGUGUGGUCGCAGACAUUGAGGAGGAUGAGCUGGAGGUGGAUGAGACGAGUGUGCUUUGGGACCUCACGAGGCCUUUGGAAGGCAGUUGCCGCAUGGAACUUCUGAAGUUCGAUCAUCCCCAGGGCCAGGAUGUCUUUUGGCACUCCAGCGCCCACAUCCUUGGUCAGGCUUUGGAACGCGAGUUCGGUUGCCACCUGACGAUCGGUCCGGCCUUGGAGUCAGGCUUUUACUACGAUGGCUACUUCGGAGAUAGGAAGCUGAACGAGAAUGACUUCAAUGCCAUCAACAAUCAUGCCACGCAGAUUUGCAAGGAGUCGCAGCUUUUUCAGCGAUGUGUCCUCUCGAAGGAGGAGGCGCUUGAGCUCUUCAAAGAGAACCCCUUCAAGGUGCAGUUGAUCACCAACAAGGUGCCAGAUGGAGCAAUGACGAGUUGCUACCGCUGUGGCGACCUGGUGGAUCUCUGCCGCGGGCCCCAUUUGCCAAACACGAACCGCGCCAAGGCCUUCAUGGUGACGAAGAACUCGGCAGCUUACUGGCUGGGCGAUCAAAACCUCGAUUCCCUGCAACGGCUUUAUGGCAUUGCUUUCCCCAAUGACAAGCUGCUGAAGGAAUACAAGAAGUUCCAGGAGGAAGCAGCCAAGCGCGAUCACAGGAACAUCGGAAAGCAGCAAGAGCUGAUGAUGUUUCAUCCUGUGAUGUCUCCUGGCUGCUGCUUUUGGUUUCCACUUGGCACGAGGGUCUACAACAAGCUGAUGGAUUUCAUGCGAAGUGAGUACCGCCUUCGAGGAUUUCAGGAAGUGGUGACGCCCAAUAUGUACGACGCGCGGCUUUUCUUGGCUUCUGGCCACUACCAGAACUACAAGGACGACAUGUACAGCUUGGAUGUGGAGAAGCAAGAGUGGAUGCUGAAGCCCAUGAAUUGCCCUGGGCAUUUUGUGAUGUUCGAUGCGCGGGUAAGGAGUUAUAAGGAACUUCCUUUGCGCUACGCGGAUUUUGGAGUCCUCCACCGAAACGAGGCCUCCGGUGCCUUGACGGGCUUGACGCGGGUGCGGCGCUUCCAACAAGAUGAUGCGCAUAUCUUCUGCCGCCCAGACCAGAUCAAGUCGGAAGUGGCCAGUGCCCUGGAUUUCUUGGAUUUCGUCUACAAGAUCUUUGGCUUCAAGGCGAGUUACGCCUUGUCCACGCGGCCCAAGAAGGCCUUGGGCUCCAAGGAGAUCUGGGACAAUGCGGAGGUGCAGCUCAAGGCGGCCCUGGACCAGUCCGGCCGCGAGUGGUCUUUGAACCCUGGAGAUGGCGCCUUCUAUGGUCCCAAGAUUGACAUCAGGCUUCAAGAUGCCAUGAAGCGCAAGCAUCAGUGCGGCACGAUUCAGCUUGACUUCAACGGGCCAAUCAGGUUCAAUUUGCAAUACCGCAAAGAGGGCGUGGAGGAGACGGAGGACACAGAGGAGAAGGGUGAGUUCAAGGGCGCGGAAGAAAAGAACGCCAAGGGCGAGGUGAUUUGGCGCGAAGGCCGCCUGAAGAACGGCUUCGAGCGCCCGGUGGUGAUCCACCGUGCCAUCUUGGGUUCCAUCGAGCGGAUGUCAGCCAUCCUCAUGGAGCACUACGCCGGGAAGUGGCCCUUUUGGUUGUCACCUCGACAGGUUCAAGUGGUGCCGGUGGGAACUCAAUUCAAUGACUACGCGCUGUGGGUGGAGCGGCAGCUGCAGAUCCAUGGCUUCCACGCGGAGGCGGAGACGAGUGGAAAGACGUUGAACAAGAAGGUGCGAGAAGCCCAGCUGGCUCAGUGGAACUACGUGGCGGUGGUGGGCGCGGAGGAGCAGAACGGCCUUUCCGUGAACUUGAGGUCCAGAGAAUCUGAAAAGCCCUUGGGUGUCUUCUCCAUGGUGGACUUCAUUGCCAAGCUGGAUUCAGAGGCGAUGCCCAGCUCACAACCCUUGCGGCAGUUCGAGGCCUUCCAGGGACGUCUCCCCGCUGCACUGAAGAAGACGACGCUUCCAGAGCCCAAAGAGCCCACGGCCAAAUCUCCUGCCAAGCCCACUUUCCAAAAGCAGGGCUCGCUGCAGUUGCGGAAAGCGGCCAACGAGAAGUUUGCCGCUUUGGCCGUCGAUGAGGAUGUUGAGGCCUUCUUGGAGAGCCAUCCAUAUGUGAAGGGCUUCGAGCCCAGCAGGGCCGACGCCGAGCUCUUCCAACAGCUCUCGGAGUCGGGCGCUCCCACGACACCGAACCUGAGGCGAUGGUAUGAUCACAUCGAGUCCUUCCCCAGCUCGGAGCGCUCUCAAUGGGUGUCCUGAGAUGGCGAAAGGGCGGGCCAGGGCAAUGUGUGAGGCCGCCAUGUCUCCGCUUUGAAAGACGGACUGUGCUCUGAUCAGAUCCCGUGAUUGACUCACAUGUAC